GUAACUGCCGACAAUCCUCUUGGAGUCCGGAUGCGGGGAACAUUGGCUCUAAUAUGGCUAGUUUCAAGGAGAAACAGAGAGCCUCGCGGCGAGUCAGCAAUGCACGAGUAGAAGGACAUAUGCCGCCCUGUCUAUGCUGGUCGAGCUGUGGAGGAAGUCAAGCAUUUGCGGUUAGGGUGGAAUCUAGCCACGUAAUUAUCCCCGAGGGCAACUCAAACGGUAUCCACGAUAUGCAUAUAUUCCACGAAUCCCGAGGUUUAAGAAAGCAAGAAUAUCGGCAGAAAAAGAAUAAGCAAGACAAACGACAUAUCAAGGAAGAUGGCUGAUACACAGAAACCGGCCAAGACUGGCAUCAAGGUGAUUGUGGUGGGCACUGGCUUCGCGGGGUUGACCGCAGCCAUCGAAUGCCAGCGUAAAGGCCACGAUGUGCUGGUGCUAGAGAAAUUCCCAGAGCUCAAGCUGCUCGGGGAUAUCAUCUCAUUCGGACCCAACUCAUCGCGGCUGUUUUGCCGGUGGCCAGGCGUAGCCGAGCAGUUGGAACCAUUGAGCAUGCGAGCCGACGCGAUCACGCUUAAGACAUGGAAAGGCGAAACGCUGUUUAAUCAGUACUGGGAAGGCGAAGAUAAGGAAUUCGGCAUUCGUUUCGACGGCCAUCGCGGCGAGUUCCAUGAGAUUGUUUACAACCAUGCAAAGGAGAUCGGAGUUAACAUCCGACUUGGCGCACGGGUCGAAGACUACUUCGAAGAUGACAAACAAGCCGGCGUGGUCCUCCAAAACGGCGAGCGGAUUACGGCUGAUGUGGUCGUUGCGGCCGAAGGCGUGCGCAGCAAAGGCCGCAAGAUCGUACUCGGAUUCGAGGACGCGCCGAAACCGUCCGGGUAUGCCGUAUAUCGCAGUUGGUUUAGCGCCGACGAGAUCGCCAAGGAUCCCGAUACCAAGUACUUCACAGAGGGCGGCGACAAGCACGUCGCCUGGCUUGGGCCAGACGUGCACUUCAUCGCAGGGUGCAUGAAAAAAGGAAAAGACUUCUCCUGGGUGUGCACGCACAAGGACGAAGCCGACAUCGAGGAGAGCUGGCAAUUGGAGGCGCCGCUCGAAGACGCGCGCAAGGUGCUCGAGGGCUGGGACCCCGUCGUCCAGAAGAUCCUAGACAAGACGCCGAGCCCGCUCAUCGACUGGAAGCUCGUCUAUCGAGACCCCUUGCCCACGUGGAUCUCGAAGGGCCGACGGAUCGCGCUGAUCGGCGACUCGGCGCACCCGUUCCUGCCCACGUCAAUCCAGGGUGCCUCGCAGGCCAUGGAGGACGGCGUCACGAUCGCGGUCUGCCUACGCGAGAGCGGAGGCCCGGGACACGUGCAGGAGGCCGUCGCGGCGUUCGAGGCGAUCCGGUACGAGCGCGUCAAGUCGGCGCAGAAGACGGGCGAGCAGACGCGGGACAUCUGGCACAAGGCCGACUUCGAGGCCGCGAAGAAGAACCCCGAGAGCAUGCGCCUGCGGCGCGAGGCCUGGCUGCUGGGCUUCGACGCGGAGAAGUACGCCGAGGAGAACUACGCGAGGACCGUCGAGGUCCUGAGGCGUACCGGCCUCCAGGAUACGAGCGAGGCGAGGAAGCUGCAUGUGCCUGAGGCGAGGUUCGGGUAUCUCGAGUACGACGAUGAAAAGGGUGCUGCUGCGACGGGUGCUGAGAAUAUUUCUGCUGAGGCUCACGCCGUGAAUGGUACUGUUAUCUCAUAAGGUAUUGUAGCAUACUAUGUACCUAGGUAGAUGGGCAUCAUAUAUACAAAGGAAGAUAAGACAUAGAGAAGAGGCUAGACGUAGGUAAUCGACAAUUUUGGAAGAUCUCCUGAUAUAGCAUAUGCUGUACGAUUAACUCUGAUUGAUGAUUUCUUUUCUUCUGCUCUGCGUUCCCCUCUUCCUCCUACUCGGCGCGUUGGCCUUUCUCCAAAUUGAUUAAUUAAACCGGAACGCCUCCUUAUGUCAUGAUGCUAAACCUGUGUCAGGUUUCUUCUGGUGACCAAAAACGCCCGGCCGAAUACUAGGUAUUAUAUAUACAGUUUGUAUAAUCGUCGCGACGGAUGGCUCUUAUGGUUUAUGGUGUGCGGUAUGUAGUGUGGUUCGUAUAGCCCAUGAUAGUAUGAACAUGAACGUGAAGGUGAACAGAUCCGAAAUUAGAAUUGUCCCAUGUGGCCGUCAAGGAAGUGACUGGAUAUCAGAGGCCAGGUAAGGAAUGUGCCCAUCAUGGGGAAGUAUCUAUUAUUGCCAGUCAUGUUAGCCAAGUCUUAUUCCGGCUUGUAGUGGU